AUUAGUUCUACACCUGCUAAAAAGGACCUUACGGGAGUUUACUUCUUGAUGAACGGCGAGAAUUUCGACUGUCAGGGAUUAUUGGGUACAGCACUACUUUUGAUAACUCUUCUACUAGUCUUCAUGAUGUAUGGAUUACUUCUGGAGAGUAUACAACAUUACAUCAUAGAGAAAUACGGAACAGAUCACUGGAAUAGGAUCUUGGAGUAUAUACAACAGAGGAAUAUUGUCUUCACCACUCAUAAGAUUUACACAGACGAUCUGAUGAAGAAAAUCGCCAAAGGCUGUUGUCAAGUGUUCAACGAGCAGAAAACAGAGGACGACUACAUGUUAUUUUUUGGUCAGUGUUUUGUUAAAUUUUUUGAUCAUUGUGGAUAUGACAAAAUUGUUCGCCUGCAAGGUCGCCAUUUCCGGGAUUUUCUUCACGGCAUUGAUAAUCUACACGAAACCAUGCGAUACAGUUACCAAAGAAUGCAGAGUCCAUCUUUCCUGGUUCAAUCGGAAGACCGAUAUGGGUGUGUUCUAAGUUACCGCUCCAAACGAACCGGCUUCAAAAACUAUGUUGCAGGCCAGUUGGCUCAAUGUGCAAAAAUGUUCUAUGAUAUUGAUAUAGAAUUGGAAAUUUUGCUGGAGGAGCUUCUAAAUACUGGCUGCAAUGUGACGUUUAGAAUUAACUUCGACAAUUCGGCUUAUUGUGCUCCUAUGCAAGCUUCGGUCCCCAGCGAUUUCUUUUAUGACAUCGAAUUCAUCUCAAACGAACUGUUUUUCAAGGUUUUCCCGUUCAGCAUUGUCUUCAACAGAGACAUGGUGGUUACAAUGACAGGAUACAGAAUGUCUAAAUGGCUAGAUACCAACGACUUGAUUGGCUCAUACAUCGAUGUUCGAUUCAAACUGAGACGGCCAAUAUUAGAAUUCACAUGGGAUAAUAUCAUUACUCAUCAGACAGUAGUGUUUGAACUCCAGUGCGCCAACCUCACCCCUCGAAGACAUUCCACUAUUAUGGCGUCACUUGUAGAGAAUACCAUCAGUAGCAAAUUCAAACUCAUUUUCCGCGGACAGAUGAAAUACAUCCCGUACUGGAACGCCAUCGCCUUCCUCUGCAACCCACUAGUCGGCUCUCUGGACGACAUGAGACGGGUCGGGUUGUACAUAAAUGACCUUAACCUCUUUGACUGUAGCAGAGACAUUGUUCUCAAUGGCUGGCAAUACGCAUCCCAGAUGGAAUUCUCUCUUGAACAGCAACAAGAAAAUAGCAAACUGAUAGAAGAAAACAUGAUAAAGCAAGACGAAUGGCAACUGAAGAGUGAGACGUUAUUGUACUCCAUGAUCCCUAGAACGAUUGCUGAACGCUUAAAACGUGGAGAGGACCCGGUCAACACAUGCGAGAUGUUUGAGCAGGUGACGAUUUUGUUUAGCUACAUUGUGGACUUUGCAGAUAUCUGCGCUGAAGCGUCAGCAAUGCAGAUCGUGAAAUGCAUCAACGCCGUCUUCACAUGCUUUGAUGCUGUCGUCGACAAGUAUGACGUUUUCAAGGUGGAGACAUUAGGAGACGCCGUGUACAUGGUGGCGGGAGGUGUCCCAGACCGGAACGAGAACCACGCGGUCAAUGUGGCGGGACUGGCAAUAGAGCUAGUGGAGAAAGCGGCCAGUCUUAUUGACCCGGUGUCCGGAGAGAAUCUCCAGCUCAGGGCGGGUAUGCACUCAGGGAGCGUUGUGGGAGGAAUAGUGGGGAAGAGGAUGCCUCAGUACUGUUUGUUUGGCGACACUGUGAACACCGCAUCACGAAUGCAAUCCUAUAGCGAGUCAGGGAGGAUUCAUUUAAGUGAGCCUUGUCACGAAUGUCUGAGAGGGAAAGGUUUUACCACAGUCUUUCGAGGGACGCUGAACGUCAAGGGCAAAGGUGAGAUGAACACAUACUGGCUGGCAGGUAGAGAUGGCGAGAAGAGAACCAAAAUCAUAUGUGAAUUACUGAAAGCCGAAAAGGCCAAAAAGAUGAAAACCCAAUAUCGGUACAACGAUGUUAAGCCGUUUUCAUUCUUCCAUGCAAAGUUAAGCUCGUUCGAAAAUGGGUUUGAUCUACACGGCAUGCAUAAUAUCACGAGCUCUGCUAACUUCUCCCUACUGCAGACAACCAAUCAGGAGGAUUCUCAACACAAAGGUGGGCAGAACCCCAAGCCAAAAAGCACGCUCAAGAAGAAGAAUUCCAGUUCAUUAGACAUUGUUGCAGAAAGUGCCUCAGAUGACAAAUCUAAACCAGCACCUGUGUUUGUGUGAGAAAUAGUUAAUCCAGGAUUUCAAAACAUAUCAAAAUGCCUGAGUAAACCUGACAUGUGGUUUUCUGAAGGACAGAAAAUAAAAUUACUCUUGUUUAAAAGAUCUACAUUGUUGAAAAUAAAAUGUCGUCAGUU